AUGAAAAAUAAACAGAAAGGAAAAGCUAAAAAACUAAUAAACUUAAGCGUAUUGGAAGACAAGAUAAAUAUUUUGGAUUAUAUGAAAAAUGAUUUUGAACAAAUAUUAAAAAAAGAAAAUGAUAUAUUUUCUACAACAUCUGCAAAACAUGCAAUCAUAGAAGAAAAGACAUAUGAACAAAAAGAAAAUAUAGAUUUAAUUUUAGAAGAAUUAAUAAUAUCGUGUGAAGAAAAAAUACGAGUUUUAAAUAAUUACAUAGAUGUUGUUAAUGAUAUAAACCAAAAAAAUAAUGAUAUACUUGAAAAAGAAAAAAAGGAAAUGGACGAAUUAGUUUUAGAAAAAAAUAAACAAAUAUUUUUCAUUGAGCAAAAAAUUGAAUUAACUAAAAAAUUUUCCAUGGAAAUAAAUUAUGCAAUCAUAGAUGUUUUUAAUCAUUUAAAUUUAUUCCUAAAAAAUAAAAUGAAUUUGGAUUUAAACAUAGAAGCAUUUAAUAAAACCAAAAUAAUGCAAAUCGACGAAGGUUCCCCAAACAUAACAAUUGAUGUUGUAAGAGAAAAUGAAAAUAAUUUUGACAUUCCAGAAAAACAUAAUAAACAAAAUGAGACCACAAAUGAUUAUGCUCAGAAAUUGUAUAAUUCCAUAGAUGAAUACAAUAAGCAAAUAAGUAAAAUUAGACUUUUUUUAAAUGAAAAUGAAUAUAUUAAAAAAUCAAAGCUCUUAUCAUAUGAAAGCCAAACACACACAAACACACUUAAAGCUAUAACAGAAAAUAUCAAUGUUAAUAAAUCUAAUUAUGGCGAUAUGGAUAAAAAUGAAAAUGUAUUGGAUGAUACCAUGGUAAUUUAUAAUAUUAUUCCCAAUGAUGAUGGUAAUUUGAUAAUAUCCCAAAACACUUGCUCAAAUGAUGAGGAUAAAAUAUCUGACGAACAUAGGACUAAAAAUAUUAAUAUAAAUUAUAAUUCUACUAUGGAUGACGAUGAUACAAAAUCAGAAAACAUUUCCGAGGAUACUGAAGAGGAAAUGGAUUUGGAAGGAUUGAAUUCAGAGUCGUUUGAAGAAACAAGCAAAGUGGAGGAAAAUGAUGAGCUAGGCGACGGUAGCAAAACAGAGGGUGAAGGUGAACAAAUGAACAAUUGUAGUGAAUAUAUCACGGAUAGUGAAAAUAUAUCAGAGAAAUAUAAAACGAAUAGCGAAUCAGAACAUAGUUCUUUUUAUAAACAUACAAAAGAGGGCAGUGCUUCAAGAGAUGAAGUCAAAAAAAUAAAUAAUUGUGAAUACAUAAAUUAUAAAGAAAAUAGUUAUAAAAAAAAUAGCAUAAUUUCAAUAAUAAAUAAUGAAGAAAUAAUUACGAAAACUUUUACCUCAGAGCCCUAUAAAAAAAUAAUAAGUGAUGGUAUGAAUAAUAUUAUAAAAGAUUUAAACAAAAUAGAUUAUAACUAUAUAUCCUAUUUUAAGAACAAAUUAAAAAAUGAUUAA